AUGCCACCCAAACGCCUCGCCUAUGCUCAAGCCCUGCGUGAGACCUUCACGGAGGCGGAGAGUUGUGCCGUCGUGGAGCGGUGGGCCACGGAAGCGGUGGGUCAUCUGGAGAGAGUCGCGCAGCAUGCGGCCGUGCAGUACGCCAGUGUGCAAGAGGCGGCGUACACGUCCGGCAACGUUAACCAAACGCCAGCUGGCAUCAUGUCCGUCAUUCGUGACUAUCAGUCACUCUGCCUCGGCGUCUACAGAGAUGCGGAGGUGGUGCGCACGGUUGUCUCUGUGCGGCUGCCGGAAAUAAAGGAGGAAGACAACUUGGGCGUCGCCGUGCAGCACGCCAUCGUGCGAAUGCUAGACGAGUUGCAAAACAAAACAUUGGGGAACGGUGGUUCUGGUGAGAAGAACAGCGGUGUGAAGGCGCAAACAGGUGUGUACGCCCUGCGAGAAUACCUGGAGGCCCGCAGUGGUGUGGAGGAGAAACUCCUUGGCAAGCCGGGUGACGGCAACGAGAAGGCCAAGGAGAGUAGCAAAAGCCCUUCACUGUUGCUGGAACUGCGGCAGGUGGACGCCGACGCCCUGCUAAAGGUGGAGCUGUCUGCCAUGCAGCUGGUGUCGUCGAUGCGCUCUUUCAUCAACGCGUACGCACUCAACUGGAAGAAGUUGAUUGAGCCACGCACUGGGGGUGAUCGCAUGGUGAGCUAA